AUGGGUUGCACGAUGAGCCAAGAGGAACGGGCAGCUCUUGAACGAUCUCGUAUGAUUGAAAAAAAUUUAAAAGAUGAUGGUUUACAAGCUGCUAAAGAUAUCAAAUUAUUACUUCUAGGUGCUGGUGAAUCUGGUAAAUCAACAAUUGUCAAACAAAUGAAGAUUAUACACGAAUCAGGUUUCACAGCCGAAGAUUAUAAACAGUAUAAACCGGUGGUUUAUAGUAAUACGAUACAAUCAUUGGUUGCAAUACUUCGUGCUAUGAGUAAUUUAUUAGUACCAUUCGGUGACCGUAGUCGAGAGGUAAUAUUUUAUUCCAUUUAUUUUAAUUAA